GUCAAAUGCCUUAAAUUUCAAACAACAAAGAAAGAAUAAAAAAGCUUUCACAUUUUACAAAUCAAAAUUUUAAGUUAACAAAAACUAAAAAAAAAUAAUAUUGAAAUGGCAUCUAUCAGAAGCAAACAACCCAGUGAUUGCAUAAUAGGGAGACAUCCAACAGCUACUUGUUUCGCAAAAGAUAUUUGCAAAGAAUACUUAAAGCUGGCUAAACGUUUGCAAAAACUUCAGCCAAGGCCACAUCAACGUCGAACAAGAAAUUUAGCCCGUCCGAAGUAUGUUACGCCAAAAAAGUUACCUGCAACCUCGAGUAAUUCUAAUUACUCCAGAAAAGCUGACAUAAUUCGCGAGUUACCAAGUCUGACUAGAACCGAACAAUUGGCGUAUCCCCGUGUGAGAAAAAUUUUACCGAUUCGAGAAGAUUUUAAAGAUGUCUUAGGCGCCGGAAGAGUACAAGUACUCAGUCGAACUAUGAGAAAAAGUUUGUUUUCCUUGUACAGUCGAUUAGCCAAUUGUCAACCUCCUGAAGAAAAAAUGAUCAUUGAAAAAUGGACCAAAAAGGAAUGGGCAGUUCAUAGAAGAUAUUUGAGUAAACUCGCCCAACCGAAAAAAAUCUUCAAGCCCCUGAAGGCGGUUCACAUGUGGAAAGAUAUUUCGAUAAUGGAUCGAUUUAAAUAUCUUUGCAAGCCCAAGGAUCGUUCCGAGCAUAUUGUUCCUAAAUGGGAACUAACUUCCGGUCUUAAAAAAUACAAACCAACACCGAUAAUCAUAAAUUUAAGUAAACCAAAAGAAACUAACGAAAACUUGUUUCAUCAGACCUUGCCUAUUAAAAUAAACCCUGGAGCUUUGCAAUAUAAAGCAACUGACCGGAUUUUGCAACUAGCAACACGAGCUGAAAAACGAACUGGCGAAAGUAUUUUAAAGGAAAAUCCUUUUAGUGUGGCGCCAAAUGCCCUUAAAGCAAAGCCCAGCGAUCGUGUUGUGGAACUUUCGCAACCAAAGGAAUACGAAGAAGGACAUGUUCGGCAAAAUCCAUUUAUGAUAUCUCCAGCUGCACUCAAGGCUAAGCCAACUACACGUAUUAUUGAACUAUCUCAACCGAAAGGUUCAUCAUAAAAUUAAAAUAGAAUAUUAGAAAAACUGUUUUACGUA